CAAGUUAGUCUAUUAACUCCUUUUACAACGACCACCACAACAGUCGCUCUGUUUUGUGGCAAUGCCUCCCUCAAAACCAGACUUCAAGGACCACAUCUGUCCGCCGUCGAAUGCUAUACAUCCCUCUGACCGCUGGGAAUCUCUUUUCGUUUACUCAUUUAUCUGCAAAUUCACCAAUCUGCAGGGAAAGGUCGACGGGCUCGAGACUCCAAUGGACUUGGAAAAUGCCCUCUUGACGCAGGAACCAAAUCUAAUAUUGAGCCAAGUGCUUAGUCGGUUUAUAUUGAACCUCAGGCCACAAACGCGUAAUGUGGGCAUAGGUCAGAUAUCUUCUACCGUGGCCAAUGUCCUCGCCGAGUUCUUCAAAACAUCUGAGAGAACCGUGUUCUGGAAUGAAGAUCUCCAAAGGAACGUGGAUCCUCUUACUGGCUUAGAAGGAGGGUUCUUUGCCGCCAGUUGGGAUUUAAAGCUCAAUGUGUUGCGUCAGCUCGUUGAAUUACAACUCGUCCACAGCGCCGAUAUCAAGGCCAAACUUGAUCGCGCGUGGGGAGUCGCUCCACAUAAACAAAAGAAGAAAGAAAGCGAUUCAUCCCGCCCAGGAGCGGAAGACCCUUUCAGUCAGAAGCGGCUUCAGCUCUUGCCCAUUGGACAAGAUGCGGAUCGCAAACGUUACUGGAUAGCAGAUGAUUCUCCCCGGAUCUACGUUUCGACCAAUCCCUGGAAGAUGUCCUCUACCUUUGAGACCUUAGCAUCCACGCGCGAAGAGUACAUGGCUGUUAUCGAGAGUCUCAAAGCCUCCACACCUACUCCUAAAAAGUCUCCUCGCGUCGCUGUUAAACGAGGAGAGGCGCAACAUUCAGCUCUGAUCUCAUCACUCGAGGAACGUGUUCCAGCUAUAGACGCCGAAAUAGCACGUGCACAAAGGGCUCGUCGCAAAAUGGAACAAAGAUUGGCUCUGUACGCUCAAGCAGACCUAAGAGAAACUCGAACCCGACGUCAAACCCGGAAGCCGGAUUACGUGUAUCACAUACAGGAUCUUGACAGUGAUAAUGAUGCCGACGAGUACAGAUACCAAGAAGACGAUGGUUAUGAUGAGGAUGAGGACUUUGCAAAUGAUCAGGACUCUGAUGCCAAAUCGUCGAGAAAACGUCACAGAUUCACAAAUGUUGAACCACGACGGUCCACUCGGACGUCCGCAAGGUCCAAUGGCAAACGAGAAGCGUCUGCAGAUGAUCCCUGGGGGAGCUGGCGGGGGGAGCGACGUUCCACGCGUCUUGGAGCACCUGCAGAUACCCAAUUUGAUGCCGGACCACCGACGAAACGGGCGCGGACAGCAGACAGUACUGUCAGCACGAAUUCUGGAGAUUUGCGUAUCUCCCCGGUAGAUCCGCCGCUGCAAACCAGCAAAAAUGGGCUAGGAAUUAAAGCUUCUGGUGCAGCGGCACUGAAACCCACAGAAGUGGCAUUGGAACAGAUUGCCGGAAAGAAGCGGUCAAAAUACUGGGUGUACGCUGUAGAGCCUUCAAUGCUUUCGGUUGAGCCGGAGGAUCGGGCGCCGACGAUGAAUGAGAUGGAAACGAACGGAAAAGAGAGGAAUGGCAAUGGUAAUGGCGAUGUCUCCAUGUCACCCUCCGUUAACGAAAUGGAAGAUGAUUCAGACUAUCCCAAGAGCAUGGAAGGCAGCCUGUCGCCUAUAGAAUCGUCAUAG